AUGGCAGAAAACGAAUCCAUUAGCAUAAUUUAUACAAUUCCAACAAAAGAAUCAAAGAAUAAAUUUACAAAUAACAAUAGAAGUCCACCAAAUAUAUAUAGUAGAUAUAAUAGAUUUGAAUUGUUAAUAUCGCCAAUAUCAAUAUUGUUCCCAUUCGCAUGGAUGACAGUGGAUAUUAAUGAUUUAGAUAAAGCGAACUCAAUUCAAUUAAAACGUAAAGAAAUUGUUAAUACUUCUGAUAUACAAUGGGCCGUUUCUACUCUUAAGACGUGCUGCAAUUUAUUAAUAAACCGAAAUUGGACAAUAAUUAGUAAAUUUGCAUUAACGAGUGCAGCAAGAAAAGAUGAUAUAAGAGGGAUGGAUGAUUCCUUACGUGAUGAUGAAUCUUUAAUAGGAGGUGGUGGUGACACGAUAACAACUACUUCUCACAUAAACACAACCACAACUACACCCGCGUUGACAUCACAAGUAUGA